ACCGUAUUUUCCCUAAAUGCGGCAAGGUUAGUUAGUUCCUUCAGUUUAGCUUGUAAACAAACACCCUCAAAUCUCUCUCAUCCUUUGAAUUUUUAAAUGCCCUACCGAAAUUCAAGGAUCCAUUUCUCUCAAUUCUAUUUUCUUCUUCUUUCCCUUUAAUCUCUAAUCACAUUUCCGCAUUUGCUCGAGGCUGCUCAGAUUUUCACUAAGAGCAAAAUGGCAAAUUCUGCAUCUGGAAUUGCUGUGGAUGACGCGUGCAAACUGAAGUUUUUGGAGCUAAAGUCAAAACGGAACUUCAGGUACAUCGUGUUCAAAAUCGAUGAUGGACUCCAGCAAGUGGUGGUGGAGAAGGCCGGGGGCCAAGGAGAGACUCACCUCGACCUCAACAAUAGCUUGCCUGCUGAUGAUUGUCGGUAUGCUGUCUUCGACUAUGACUUUACAACUGAUGAGAACUGCCGUAAGAGCAAGAUUUUCUUCAUUGCAUGGUCACCCGAGACUGCAAAGGUGAGGACCAAGAUGCUGUACGCGAGUUCAAAAGAUCGAUUCAAGAGAGAGUUGGAUGGCAUUCAGGUGGAGUUGCAAGCAACUGAUGCAAGUGAGAUGAGCAUGGACAUCUUCAAGGAAAGAGCUUAUUGAAGUUUUUUUGCUGAGAUAUAGCGCUACUUCUAUUUUAGUAGUAUUUGUUUAAAUCUUUCUUAAUCACAUGGUUUCUUUUUCUUUUUUCAAUUUUGACAUUUGUUAUGUCAACUAAGCCUAAAUCUUCUUGGCUUUAGCUGACUGCUUUGAAUUCAUAAUUUCCGUUAUAUCUAGAGAUGGUUUUGCAAGGA